AUGCCAGCCAGCAUGACCGCAACGGACGUUCAUGUGGAACCGCAGACCCCAAUCAAGGCGGACGUUGACUAUGUGCUGGUAGACUUCGAGCCGCUGCACAAAGAACGCUGGCGCAGCGAGACCGUGCGCCUCGUGUGCGUGCAAUUCCCGCCCCACACGCGGAGCCUGUGGCACAAGCACCUAAACUAUGGCAUCUACGUGGUUAUGGCACCACUCAACGUGACAGAGCAGCCGUACGGCCAAGAACCGCGCCCGCUGGUGCAGGACAAAGGCUCCGUAUUCUGCCGCGACCACACAAAGGACAAACUGCUACAUGUCAUCACUAGUCACAAGACGCCGCUCUUCAUCGUGGAGGUGGAGCUACUCAAGAAGAAGGCGGAUAUUAUGCCCCAUGACCAGGUGGUGUUGCACUCCAGUACCGGCGUGAAGCUGUUAAAUAACGAACCAGAGUGCCGGGUGUACCGUUUGACUCUGCAGAACGACACUAAUGAGGACCAAUCGACCAAUGAGAUCUCGCUCUACCUUCCCACAGGCGCUGUGCUAGUUGUACUAGACGACUGUGAAGUGGAAGUCACCAAUGCGUCGGAGAACCCAAACGUUGACACGGAGCGUGUGCUGUCGCUGAAGGUGGCGGAUGACGUUCAGUUGACAGCUGGAAAGUUUAACCUCAAGCUGCUAUCGUCCAAGACUAACAAGACGCAGUUCAUCCUCGCUGAGGUCUACUAA